AUGAUGCUGGAGCUGGCGUCCGGGCUCCCGCUGGCUCUCCAAGAGGCCCGCGACAGAAACCCAGAAGACCUGGCCGCCCCAGUGCUCAGACAGACUGGAAACCCAUGUCAGUUCUGGAAAACGGGCACUGUCUUCUGCCGCGGGGAGAGCCUGGAGGGCCUGGCCAAGGGCCCAGAAGAGGAGGCAGGCAGUGCAGCCGCGGUCCGGGGAGUUGCCAUCCGCCCGCCGCCAGGCGGGAUCGCUGCGCAUAACAGAACCCCCCCCCCCAGGGGCGUCUGCGUGGCAGGGGGCACCCAGCUAUGCCCAGCGCGGGGUGGGGGCGGGGCCGCGAGUGCGGCCCGCAGUCGCCGUGGUGACGACGAGGCAGUGAAAGGCGGCCGGCUGUCCCUGGAAGGCUGCUGCGCCAAGGCUCCUUGGCACCAGCCUGGCCUGGCGGGCGGGACUGCAGGCCCCAGGAGGCGGUCCCUGGCCCAGGGCACGGCCUGGACCUGGAGCCUCUGUUGUCUUACCUGCGAAACGGGGAUAAAAUGGGAGUUAAGAAGCGGGGCCUCCAGCGUGCUGGAUGACCCUGAGCCCUUCCCCCCAACACUGGGCAAGUUUUUGCGCCCACCCAACGACAGAGCCUGUGCUUCAGCCCCUCCACACCUAGACCUCACCCAGCCUGUGGGGCCGGGCACUCGGGACGCUGCCCCCUGGGGCUUGGGUCCACCAGUGCUCGGGCACUACGCAGGCCGCUCCAGCGGGGCGGGGGGAGAGGGCAGAAGCCACAGGAGGCGGGGGUGUCUGGAGAGAGACACGCUGAACCAGAUGGAGAGCAGAGUCUGGCCCCGCGUCCCGGCCACGUGGCAUCCCCUGGGGCCAGCUGGGCAGGCGGCCCACCACUCUGCCGCGGCGAGCAAGCGGUGGAGGCGGCCUCAGUCUGGGCUGAUGGGCCAGGAGGCUGCACCCAUGCACACGCUCCUGCCCCGCGCUCUACAGCGUCCCCCCCACUGCUCAGGAGCCCUCCAGGAUGCCCUGGUGUCCACCAGACAGAGGAGGAAACUGAGGCUCGGGACGGCGGGGACCCGGGUCAGCAUGCUCAGCCGCCUGAUGCCCACACUGCCUGCUCUUGGGACCCAUCCCCGUGGCGACCCCGACCCGGGCCUGGAGGAGAAAGCGGGUGUGGGUCCCAUCUCAGCCACCGCAGCCCCUGGGAGGAUGCGGCUGGCACUACGCAGGCCGCUCCAGCGGGGCGGGGGGAGAGGGCAGAAGCCACAGGAGGCGGGGGUGUCUGGAGAGAGACACGCUGAACCAGAUGGAGAGCAGAGUCUGGCCCCGCGUCCCGGCCACGUGGCAUCCCCUGGGGCCAGCUGGGCAGGCAGCCCACCACUCUGCCGCAGCGAGCAAGCGGUGGAGGCGGCCUCAGUCUGGGCUGAUGGGCCAGGAGGCUGCACCCAUGCACACGCUCCUGCCCCGCGCUCUACAGCGUCCCCCCCACUGCUCAGGAGCCCUCCAGGAUGCCCUGGUGUCCACCAGACAGAGGAGGAAACUGAGGCUCGGGACGGCGGGGACCCGGGUCAGCAUGCUCAGCCGCCUGAUGCCCACACUGCCUGCUCUUGGGACCCAUCCCCGUGGCGACCCCGACCCGGGCCUGGAGGAGAAAGCGGAGUUACAGCCAGGGCUGAAUUGGGUCCGAACGCCGUGGGGGCUCCGGGCCGCCACUCAGCCUUCCUGGGCUCGGCCUCCCUACUCCCUCCAGGCACCGGGCCCUCUCGUCACGGGAACCUGCCAUCUCUGCGACCCUCCCGGGGGCCCUCCGGAAGUGCAGGCCCAGAGCCCCGCCCUUGGGUGCCCCCGCCCCGUACCCUGACCCUGGGCUCCUCCCUGUUUGGGGGGACCUCGGCUGCACGGGACCCUCCCCAGACACUCGGCCUAUGCGUCCAGCCCCAAGCCUCUGACCCAAUGGACAGGCGUGGAGCAGGCGUGGACCUCACCCAGGCCCUGCGCCCCCGGUCCCUCCGCCCCAAGGCGGCCCUGGCAGGCGGGUCCGGGGUCACAUCCAUGGGCCAGCAGCCGCCUGGUGCUCUGCUAACACCCCUGUCUGAGCCCCACCCGGGGCCGGUCAAGGCUGGAGGCUUCUGCCGGAGACCCGCCACUCUGGUGGCAGAUGGCUCUGCCGAUCGGCCGGGGAGGCCUUUCUCACCCGCCAGCCAGGGAGCCAUUCUCACCACUCGACCCAGUGAGAGCGCACGGGGAAUCUGCUGGGGGGCCCAGGAGGCCAGGCUUGUCACCAGCCUCUGCGCAACGCUCCCUAAGGCGCAUCCACGGGGACAGCGGGCAGCCCCCCAGCAGGGCAGCCUCGCCGGCCCCCUGCCACCAACGGCAGACUUGGGACGGGUGCAGCCUCGGCCGGACAGGGACGCCCCCACUUUCCUGAGGGUUCUGGCCGAGUGGGAGCUCUGCACCGUCCCGGGCUCAGAGGGAGAGCGCCCUGUGCGCUGUGGUCCCCACAUCCUGGACCUGCUGACCUCGGCCUCGCCUCCGGGCCCCCCGGCCAAAGCCAGUGCAUGA